GGGAGCUGGAUGAAAAGAGGGGAGGAAGGGAAAGAAGUGACAGUAGCUAUAAUGCUUUCAGAAAUUUUAUAGCGGAUAUGGGGAUGGAGGAGGUUAGAUUCAGUGGUAGAGCUUGGACUUGGUCAUAUAAUCGGAGUGGGGAUGAGUUUAUAGAAGAGAGAUUAGAUAGAUUUUUGGGGUCUUCGAGAUGGCUGUUAGAGCACCAACAUGCACUGAUAUGCACUGACACAACAUGUCACCAGGCAUUCAUCUGAUCAUUGCAUGCUAGUGCUCGACAUAGAGCAUAAUCUAAGGAGGAAAUCUCGCAGAUUCUACUUUGAUAAAAGGUGGUUGGAAAAAGAUGGUGUUAAAGAGGUGAUAGAAAGAGUCUGGACUCUGCCUAUUGAGGGUUCACCUAUGCAUAGGGUCUCUAUGAAGAUUAAGGCAUGUAGAAUGGAAUUGAAUAAAUGGAGCAGAACUCAAAUGCUACACUCAGCAAAACAGAUUGAAAUAAUCUCAAAAGCCAUGGAUGAGAUGAAGGAGGAAGGGGACCAGAGAGAUUGGCAAAAAUGGAAGGAACUGAAAGCUCUGUUGGAUAAGGCAUAUGAGGAAGAGGAGAGUUACUGGUAUCAAAAAAGUAGAAAUUCCUGGCUAAAGGAAGGGGACAAAAACUCAAAGUUUUUUCAUGCCACAACAGUUCAAAGAAGAAAAAGUAACGGGAUCGAAUCACUAGAGAGGGAGGAUGGUACUUGGUGCGAAGGGGAGCAGGAGGUGGAAACUGAGAUAGAAGGAUUCUACAAGGAAUUGUUUGCCUCGGAGGAUAAAGCUGGGUGGGAAGAGACGCUUGAUGGGAUACCUUGCACUAUCACAGACCAAAUGAACACAACCUUAAUUCGUCCAAUUGAAGAUGCUGAAAUCAAGGGUGCUGUCUUCUCAAUGAACCCUCAUAAAGCACCUGGUAUUGACGAAUGUAUGAAAACAACCUCCUUUUCAUUGAACAUAAAUGGGGAAUCCAAGGGUUAUAUAAAGCCAACUCGGGGAAUUAGAGAUGAAUGGGAUUGAAGUUCAACAGAAGGCGAAAUAUCUAGGGUUGCCUCUGGUGGUGGGGAGGUCCAAGGCGCAGGUGUUUAACUAUGUGGAGGAUGCAGUGUCCCAGAAGCUGAAAAACUGGAAAAGCAACUUACUGUCAAUGGCGGGUAAAGAGGUAUUGCUAAAAGCCGUUAUACAAGCUUUACCAGUCUAUGUGAUGUCCUGUUAUAAGUUGUCUGACAAUAUCUGUGACAAGAUGGAAAGGGAUAUGGCAAACUUCUGGUGGGGGGAAAAGGAAGGGAAGAAGAAGAUGCACUGGGGUACCUGGGAAAAGCUAGCAAAAGAUAAGGAAGAAGGGGGGUCGGGCUUUAGCAGAUUCAAGAAUAAAAAUACAGCUCUACUGUCUAAAAAGAUAUGGAGUCUUCUAUAGGAACCAAACUCCCUAAUGGCAAAAGUAAUCAAAGGCAGGUACUAUCCUCGCUGCUCAUUAUUUGAGGUGUAGCGAAAAGGGAAAGACUCUUGGCUGUGGAAAGGCUGGUUGAGUGCCAGAGAUAUUAUUCAGAGGGGGAUGCGAUGGAGGGUUGGAGAUGGAAGGAGGAUCAGUGUUUGGAAAGAUAAAUGAUACCCUGACUCAUGUGUUAUAGGACCGCAAAAGAGAGGAUUGGAAACAAAUUAUCCUGAAAGAGUGGCAGAGCUAAUUGAUCAAAAUACAAAAAGCUGGAAAAUGGAAGUGGUAAGGAGUAUCUUUGUACCAGAAGAAGCAAAAUUGAUUCAACAGAUUCCUCUGAGUCUGUUAGGGGGAGGGGACAAACUGGUGUGGGGGGCUGCAAGAAAUGAAAUCUAUUCUGUGUCAUCUACCACUGAAGUGAUCAAGGUAAAAGAGAAAAGAGAACAUAGUGGGGAAGGGACUAGCUAUGGUAGAGAGGAGGCAAAAAGAUUAUGGACGCGAACAUGGGAGCUGCCAGUGAAAGCCAAGCUAAAGCACUUUGUAUGGAAAAUGUAUAAGGGAUGGUUGCCAAUGCUAUCUACACUGGCAAAAAGAAGGGUGCAGGUUGAUACAAUCUGUAAGGGAUGUGGUGAUGGGAGUGAGACCCUGGAACAUAUGUUGUUCUCAUGUCCCCUGGCAAUUAAUGUGUGGAAACUGUCCCCAGUCCAAUGGGAUGGAUUCCAUCACCUCACAACAAAUUUUCCUCUCUGGUGGAGGGCUGUUACUGAGACCCAGGUUAGCAAAGGUAUGCAGGAUCGAAUCUCUCUUACAAUUUAUAUUCUUUGGCAACUGUGGAAAACCAGGAAUGCAUGGAAUUUUGAAGGAAAAAGGAAUGAGGGAUGGGAAGUAAUACAAAGGGCAAUGAAGGAAUGGGGUGAGUUUGAAGGUGCACAAAGAAAGAAGGAGGGGGUGCAAACGAAUCUGAUGAGAAUCAUGUAGCCUUCCAUGGAGGUUCUCCUACUGAGGGGAAUGAGCUAGUCCUUCAUUCUAGUAUUGGAAUGCCAAGUUUACUUUGCAAACCAAUCAAG